CUUCGCUGCAGCCGUGAUCAUCGAUAUUAAACCCUUUUGGACACGAGCUAGCUGCCUAGCUGAGAGCACCGUACCCAACUCAGAGUUCUUGAACCCCUUCUAGUUCUGCUGCCUUGGCCGAUUCUUGAACCCAACUCAGAGUUCAUAGCUCACACACCACCAGAAGGCAAACCAGAGUGAAACGGCUGCCCGUGUUAUGCUCCAGAUGAGCAGAGGUGACAAGUUCCUUAUGUCUUCACCCAAGCAACCGCCAAAGCUCGGGGCUACGCUUUUACUGCUGGCACUGCUGCUGCUCUGUGAUGGAGUUACAACUGUCCAUUGCUCCACAGUUCAUGAGAAUAACGUUGACCUGCACGCGCUGCUCGACUUCAAGCGAGGCAUCACCAACGAUCCAUACAGAGCCUUAAGCAACUGGAGCAACAACACCCAUUUCUGUCGGUGGAAUGGAGUCAACUGCACCACAGCAAGGCCGUUUCGUGUCUCGUCACUUAACUUAACCGACCUAUACCUACAAGGCCAAAUCGCCUCCUCUCUCGGAAACCUGACCUUCCUCACCCAACUCGACCUUUCUAAUAAUAGAUUUUUUGGUACCUUGCCUACUUUAAAUCGUCUCCAGCAACUGGAGUUCCUUUAUCUUAACAACAACAAUUUGGUUGGGACGAUUCCCGACAUGUUCUCAAACUGCUCCAGUUUGUCAGACCUGGACUUGUCCCGGAACUUGCUAGAAGGUGUCAUUCCUCCAACACUAGGCAUUCUUUCAAAUCUAACAUACAUCGAUUUUCGAUCAAACCAACUCGUGGGUACAAUUCCUGAUGAGCUUGGGAGAUUGCCGAGAUUGCGAAGCUUGAUGCUGGGUGAGAAUAGGCUAUCAGGUGAAUUCCCACACGGCAUCUUGAAUCUUUCAACUUCUCUCCAAUAUCUAAGCUUGGAGUACAAUAUGCUAGGCAAGGCAUUGCCACGUAAUAUCGGCGACCAUUUGCCAAAUCUCAUAGUUAUCUACUUGGGUGGCAACAUGUUUGACGGUCACAUCCCAGCAUCCUUAGGCAAUGCAUCAGGGUUAGAAUUUGUAGAUUUAUCAAAUAACAAUUUCACCGGAAAAAUUCCGACUUCUUUCGGAAAGCUCUUAAAUCUGACUAUCCUGUUGCUUGAGCGUAAUCAGCUUGAAGCCAGGGACAACAGGGACUGGGAAUUCCUUAAUGCACUGGGAAACUGCCGUUCACUGAAUGAACUAAUUCUCUCUAGAAAUCAGCUGCAGGGAUCUAUUCCACGGUCCAUUGGUAACCUAUCCCCAAGCCUUGAAAUACUUUACUUGUUUGGAAACAACUUAUCAGGACAAGUACCCCAUAGCAUAGGAAAACUCGGUGCCUUAAUUUAUCUGGUACUAGGUAGAAACAAUUUAGGUGGUCCAAUUGAAGGAUGGAUUAGAAACCUAAAAGGCCUUCAAGUUUUAAAUCUCCAAUCAAACAGGUUCACUGGGUCAAUCCCAUCCUCUAUUGGCAAGCUCUCCAAGUUGAUAAAUCUAUCUUUAGGUGAAAAUGAAUUCGAGGGCCUCAUACCAUGGAACUUUGGGAACCUCCAAAAGCUCCAAUAUUUGAACCUUAGUCACAACAAUCUCCAAGGUGACAUAAUUGAGAUUGGUAACCUAAAAAAUCUCGCUAUUUUAGAUCUCCAAUCAAACAGGUUCGCUGGGCCAAUCCAUCCUCUAUUGGCGAUCUUACUCAGUUGACAAAUCUUUUUCUAUCUGGAAAUGAAUUUGAGGGCUUUAUACCAUAAGCGGAUUUGUAAGAUCAAGGUUGAUAUAUAUGGAACUGGCGCAUAGAUCCACCAUCGAGCCUCACAAACUCAUCAGGUCCGGCUGCCUUGAAGCAAUCUUAGUUCAUGUCGACGGAGCCGGAUCCAGUGCCCUGCCGUGGUGAAGACACCGCGUGCCCCGGCCUUCCAUCCACCAUCCACUGAGAUCGAACGGCUAGCAGCCCAUAACAUGUAAAAAUCCCACGAGCGCAACAGAGGAAGCAGCGGGAGUGACGAGAAGAACUUCGCGGGCUUCUUCGGCCGAAAUUGCGGCUUCUCCUGCCGUCGCCGCCGCCGCCAGCGCGGGAGGAGGAGACUGGCUCCUCCGCCCCCGGUCCGACGGCCUCCCUCGCCCCGCCUCUCCGUGCCCCGACGGCCUCCGCCCGCUCCAACUCUCCCCGCCCCGACGGCCUCGUCUGCCCGCCUCUCCCGGCUCCGACGGUGGGAGAAAUUGGUCGACAGCCUCGUCCGCCCGCUUCUCCUCAGCCCCGGUCCAACGGCCUCCCUCGCCCCGGCUCUCCGCGCCCCGACGGCCUCGGCCACCCGCUGCCGCCGGACUGCAGCAGUGGAAGUAAAAAGAAGAACGGAAUCGCAAUCUGAAUUUGAGGCAAGGAAGAAUUUGAGGCAACUUAUAAAUUUCAAUUGCUCAGACCGUAUAUUUUGUCCUUGUAAAAAUUCAGUUCUUCAGAUUUGACUUUCAAGGUUUGCUCUUAUUGAAACCUGUUGUAUGCCCUAUUGUUCAGAUUUCAAUUAUUCAGGCGUAUAAAAGUGUUCAGAUUUUGAUUGUA